GAGCCUGCUCUGGACCAUCACAAAUACAGGUGUGGUCUCUGCUUGCAUGUCACUCACUGUCGGUGAGGAGACUGACAAGUGAACAGAUAGAAUCAAGACACUGUGUGGCAAGGUCCUUCACAGAAGUGUUAGGGAAACUGAGUCAAGAAGGGGACCAGUUCUGGCUAGAAACGGGGAAGGCUGGAUAGGUAUUCCAGACGGAAGAGUAUCUGAGUUGUGCCUUAGAGAGGUGGGCAAGAGGAAAGGUCAUCUGGAUGGAAGAAGCAACAUUGUUGGGGAACAGGAACCUUGACAGAGCAACUGAAUGCUUUGCUGUGUGUAUUAGUCAGGACUCUCACAUCAUAGAAACUCAGCUUAUACUACUUCAUGGCAAAAAAUAAAAAUAAAAGCCAGGGCCUGUGUUUUCGGGGUGUGCUAACCCCGGGUGCUCACGCUGGGUCAUGAGCAAUCAUCUCAUCUCCUCUCCCAAGUCUCCUCUCUUGUGUGUUGGUUUUCUUCUGGGAAAAUGUCUACGAGCAACUUAUACCCCUUCAGUGAAAAAGAGAGUUCCUCUUUCCCGUAUACCCAACACCUUUCUCAGAAUUGCCUCUCACUGCCUCACCUGGCCAUCCCUGAGCCAGCCACCCAGGGGGACUGAGCUUGUUGGCUGGCUGAGGAUGAUACACAGUUCCAUUACUGGUACAUGAGACGAGGUGGGCAACAGGGUUUAGCUCCUUCCUAAUUUCCCAACAUGACUGAGACUCCAGUGAGCUUCACCCAGUAGAGACUGGGGAGCUCUGACCGGAAGAAGGAGGAAAGGAGGCUGGAGAGGCACAGCGGGAGCCGUUCACCACAGAGGGGCUAGAGGAGAGGAGUAUGUGGGAUCAGGAAGAGCGGCUGGGCCCAGCUGGGCAUCUGAUGUUACCCUGGAGACCAUAAGGAAUCCUGCUGAGCUGAGGCGGGAGAACUGCAUGGUCAGAGGAGGCUCUCGGGAUGGUCACUCUGAGAGGCAGCAGAGGAUGGGAUGGUGCAGACCCUGCAGGGCACGUCAUUGACCUGGUCAAUGACCAGCUGCCAGACAUCAGCAUCUCAGAGGAGGACAAGAAGAAAAACCUGGCGCUACUGGAGGAAGCCAAGUCAGUGAGUGAGCGGUUCCUGACCCGCCGUGGAAGGAAGUCCAGGAGCAGUCCCGGAGAGUCCUCACCAGCUGUUUCCCCAAACCUCAGCCCCGGAGCUUCUCCUGCGUCCUCUCAGAGCAACUCCCUCACCGUCCCCACGCCGCCCGGUUUGGAUGUGUGCAGUGGCCCACCGUCCCCUCUGCCCGGAGCACCGCCACAGCAGAAGGGGGAUGAGGCCGAAGUCCCUUCACCUCACCUUGGCGAGUCUAACGUCCUCAAAGGGCUAGCUGACCGGAAGCAGAAUGACCAGAGAAAACUGUCUCAAGGCAGGCUGACUCCCCGCUCUCCCACAGUUGAGAAGUCCAAAGAAAUUACAAUAGAACAAAAGGAAAACUUCGAUCCCCUCCAGCGCCCGGAGGCCAUACCCAAGGGCCCAGCUUCUGGCCCAGGCAGUGGUGGGAAGAUGGCCCUUAACAGCCCCCAGCCUGGCCCCGUGGAGAGCGAGCUGGGAAAGCCGCUGGCAAAGACAGCCAAGGAGGGCAACCCUCUGCCCAGAGGUCCAACCCAGGGCUCUGGGGGGGUGGCUCCCCAGGCCUCCCAGGGGAAGAGUACAGUUGGAGAGCCCACAGGGUCCAAGGUUGGCUCCAAAGCUGAGCUGUGGCCCCCGACGUCCCGGCCGCCCCUGCUGCGGGGAGUGUCCUGGGACAGCGGCCCUGAAGAACCCGGCCCCCGGCUGCAGAAAGUGCUUGCCAAGCUGCCGCUGGCUGAGGAAGAGAAGCGUUUUACAGGCAAAGCUGGCAGCAAGCUGGCCAAGGCGCCCGGACUCAAAGACUUUCAGAUACAAGUGCAGCCUGUGCGGAUGCAGAAACUGACCAAGCUUCGUGAGGAGCACAUCCUGCUGAGAAAUCAGAACUUAGUGGGGCUCAAGCUUCCAGAACUUAGUGAAGCGGCUGAGCAGGAAAAAGGACACCCUUCUGAACUCUCCUCAGCUAUUGAGGAAGAAGAGUCAAAGGGAGGGCUAGAUGUCAUGCCCAAUAUUUCUGAUGUGCUGCUUCGCAAACUGCGGGUCCACAAGUCACUCCCUGGAAGUGCCCCUCCACUCACUGAAAAGGAAGUCGAGAACGUGUUUGUACAACUGUCCUUGGCCUUUAGAAAUGACAGCUACACCCUGGAAUCUAGAAUUAACCAGGCAGAAAGGGAACGCAACCUGACAGAGGAAAACACAGAGAAGGAACUGGAAAACUUCAAAGCUUCCAUUACGUCCUCAGCUUCCCUCUGGCACCACUGUGAGCACCGGGAGACCUACCAGAAGCUGCUGGAGGACAUUGCUGUCCUGCACCGCCUGGCUGCCCGCCUCUCCAGCCGUGCCGAGAUGGUGGGGGCCGUCCGCCAGGAAAAACGCAUGUCGAAAGCAACAGAAGUGAUGAUGCAGUAUGUGGAGAACCUAAAGAGGACGUAUGAGAAGGACCACGCAGAGCUCAUGGAGUUUAAAAAACUUGCAAAUCAAAAUUCGAGCCGCAGCUGUGGCCCCUCUGAAGAUGGAGUCCCUCGCACAGCGCGGUCCAUGUCCCUCUCUCUGGGAAAGAACAUGCCCCGCCGGAGGGUCAGCGUUGCCGUGGUGCCCAAGUUUAAUAUCCUGAACCUGCCGGGCCAGUCACCCAGCUCAUCCCCCAUCCCCUCCUUACCAGCCCUGUCAGAAUCAUCCAAUGGGAAAGGCAACCCACCUGUCUCCUCAGCACUGCCUGUACUUUUGGAAAAUGGAAAGACAAAUGGGGACCCAGAUUGUGAUGCCUCUGCUUCUGUGCCGACUCCGAGCUGCCUGGAGGGGAUCAGCCAGGAGGCUAAGGCCAGGAUGGAGGAAGAAGCUUACAACAAGGGAUACCAGGAAGGUCUAAAGAAAACCAAGGAGCUUCAAGACCUGAGGGAGGAGGAAGAAGAACAGAAGAGUGAGAGCCUGGAGGAGCCAGAAGAGGCGGCAGAAACUGAGGAAGAGGAGAAGGAGCAGAGAAGCAGCAAACUUGAAGAACUGGUUCAUUUCUUACAAGUCAUGUAUCCCAAACUGUGUCAGCAUUGGCAAGUCAUCUGGAUGAUGGCCGCGGCGAUGCUGGUCUUGACUGUCGUGCUGGGGCUCUACGGUUCCCAUAACUCUUGCGUAGAGCAGGCCGACGGGUCCCUUGGGAAAUCCACGUGCUCGGCAGCCCAGCGGGACUCCUGGUGGAGCUCAGGACUCCAGCAUGAGCAGCCUACAGAGCAGUAGAAAAUCCAACACUCAGGCAGCGCCCUGCUCCACCACACGGCCUGUCGCCCUUUCCUCAAGCAUGACACGUCAGGCCUGGACGUGGGCAUGCCACUGCUGCCGUCAGGGGAACAAGCAGGGGUUCUUUCACACUUGGCACCCCUGCGGGAGCUAUUCACACACAAUAGCUGAUGUUCCUGGAGGAUCAACAAAAAGCAUCAGUGGACAAAGAAGUAGACAUCACCAGGGGACUUGAAGAGAAGGGAAGGUGGCUGCGCCAGUUCAGAUGGCUGGGGAGAAAGAAAAUACCUUCCUCACAGGCAAACAUGAAAAGCCCACUCUCCUUGGUUUUCCUCUCUACAAUUGAUCGGAAAUCAGGAACGAUUGUGCCUAAGGGCUAACUCUGCCCUGAGGAUCAGACCUGGAAUUUGGAAUAGCAACAUGAGUAUCUUCCCAUUUCACAUCUCAUUCUUACUGACUCUCCUUCAGCCUCCCCUCCUCCUCGUUGCAAUCAGAGUUUUUCUUUACAGAAGAUGGAAAGGUUUCUCAGAAAAAUAUUUAGGCUGAUUUUAGCUCAGUGCUUGAAAUGAAAUGGGAAGAUGUAAAUUAAUACAUAUGCCUCUGUACACAUACAAUACACACACACAGACACACACACACAAAGCACACACGUGCAUGAAGUCAACUGUCCUCCAAAUGUGUGCUCUGGGUGUGUGUUGUGCAUAAAGCCAACCCACAGAUUUUCACGUGUGGGGCAGUCACCAGGCACUUACCUGUUCAGUGAGCUCUCCACAUGGAUUUACGAUGUUUGAGAAACGCUGAAAACUCAUGACUUGCAUGGUGAACUUGCUGGUCUCCAUUUCCAGUGUUAAUUCUAAGCUGCUAUACAGCAUGGUGGGGCCUUUCCAGGUGACUCAGUGGUAAAGAAUCCACCUGCCGAUGCAGGAGACACAGGUUCGAUCCCUGGGUUGGGAAGAUCCCCUGGAGGAGGAAAUGGCAACCCACUCCAGUAUUCUUGCCUGGAAAAUCCCAUGGACAAAGGAGUCUCGCAGGCUAUAGUCCAUGGGGUCACAGAGGGUCAGACACAGCUGAGCACACAUGCAUGCUUACAGCAUGGUCUGUCCCCACUUUGCUCUCUCUGGGAAGGGAAGAAACAUGGUGUGCUUCAACUUUCCUGUGCCCACUUGCAAGUGUGCAUCUCUGCCACGAGGCUCCAGUUUCUGUGGGAUUCCCAACACAAGUGUAGGUCUUGGGGCUUUCCCAUUAUUUAGCAGAAAACAGAGCAAAUCCCACCUGCAGCUUGACUUCCUGCUCCAUCUGGAUAGCCACUGCCUGCCUUCUUGCCGCAUCAGAUCUGGGGAGUGCUGGUUUCUGUGUGGCUUUUAUGGUGGUGUCUUUGCUUUUGUUUUGCUGUUGUCAUUUGUUUUUGUUGCUGACCCUAUGUAGAACUUACUAUGAGCCAAACACUGGUAUUAUAUAAGGAUGCAUUCACUGUGUCCUCACGAAAAAGAAAAAAGCUAUGACUCUUCCCAUUUUCACAUAAGGAAACUGAAGCACAAAAACACAAGUAACUUGCCAAGGAUACCCAUGGGGUUGGAAGUUAAGCCCAGCCAGGCUGGUCCCAGAGGCUAUGCUCUUAACCCUGCACUAAAUUGCCUUUUCCAAAGGUCUUCUAUCUAGUCAUGUUCUGUUUCAGCCCCACACCCCUAGGUAGCCCUUCAGCCACUCCAAGUCAUUUCUGGUUCCCAAACUAGACUGUUUUCUCAUGCUCGUUUUUCUUCUGCCGUGCUCCUCUUUUCUUCUGGUCACUCUUCAGGACCAAGUGCAAAAAUCACCCGCUCCAUGCAGCUUUAAUGGCCUCCCUCCAACUCCACACCAGACCACAUUAAUAGGUCAUACCCUUCUCUGUACUUUUCAGCACUUUUAAAACAUUUUCAUUACUACUACUAAUGAGCAUUACUACAGUGUAUCAUAAUAUUAAUAACUUAUUUAUGUGUCUGUCUUUCCAAGCAUUUAUCCUCAAAGACAAGAACCAUGUCUUACUCAUUCUCUGGGUAAGUGCCUAGCAUGGUGGCUGAUGCUUGGGAGGGUGUCAUUUAAUGUUGGUCAGAAUGAGUGAGUGUGCAAAGUGGUGGAGAGCAGUCUGGGAACAGCUGACGUUUUGCAUACUUCCCAGCACCAGCAUCCUCACCACCACCAUCUCAAAUGGUGAAUGAGAGAAAUCAUAUCUUUAUUAGCCUCAACUUAUUCUAGAAUUUUUUCAAUCUACUCUGUGACCUAACAACAUCAUUUCCAAACUAAAGGGUUGGGCUUGAAGCAAUCACUUCUUUCCGAAAGACUGACCUAGAUCAGGACCCCACCCCCCCCACCCCCCCCCCCGGUAAAACAGCUUUUUUUUUUUUUGGAGGGGGGGAGGGGGCGCCCUUUUCAGUGGCAAGAAAACCACUGUGAGAGAAGUCCAAGCCAGGGUUGAUCAAGGAUGUGCCAUUAAGGUAAAGAGGCGCAGAUCAAAGCAGAUGGACAUUGGAUUCAUGGAUGGAUGGUUUGCCCUACCUCUUCAAGGGGGAACAGACACACCGAAGGAGCUUUAGGCCCUCAGAGCCAAAGGCAGGAUGUAAACAGAGCUCUGGAGAGUGUGGCUGUGAGGCAGGACUCUGGGCUGGCCAGUCUCAGCCUGCCUUGAAGAAGGACUGGGCCAAGCUGACCCAUUGCCCCCUUGGCCACAGGGUUCCCACCUUUGUUUCCGGUUGAGACAAAGGCCAGGAGAGGAGCUGCAGUGAGCUCUUGAGCCUCCAGCUGCUUCAUAGAAAGGCCUGCAAGAAUGCUUCCAGACCAGACCCUCAGCCAAAUGACUCUAUGAGUAAGAGAGGUCAAGGACAAGAAGUGACCAGAAGGAGCAAACGAGUAAUCACAUUACCAAGGGCAUUCCUGAAACAGGACUCCUCGGUAUUUCUUAAAAGCCAAGAUGGACCUAAUGCUAUUGGAACUGUUGCCAAAGCAGCAGUGAAAUGGAGAGAAACAGGCCCUGUAUGUCCAACAGUGAGUGAGAUUGAUCAGAAAUAAAAGUUCCCUUCCUUCACCAUGCCUCUGAGGUCUGACAUUUCUGCUUGGCCCUAGGACUCUGUUGUUGGUGCCGCGAUGUCCCCUCCUAAAGGACCUUCACUUUCUGUGUCACUCCCGUGUACAGCCUGGUAGAGUAAGAGGAGAGGGAGAUGCGGGGUUUAUGUAUCACUGGCUGGCAGUUCCUAAUGUUGUUAAACCUCACACAGGUGUGCUAGCAUUGAACUAUAGAGUGUCACGUACCUGAGUUUGAAAAUAAAAGCACAUUUCCAAACCUUU